AUGAACAGGUUCCUUGAACUAGCCAUGCAAACGGUCAGCUGGAUGCCAAAGUUGGAGAUAAUGGAGAUUGGGAAUAGCGGGGAGUGGACCGAAGAAAAGGGACAUGCCUGUAUGUCUCGCUACACCUUCAACGAGAGGGAUGGACCGAUGGUAACGUGGUCUAGCACUUGGCCAGCCGAAAAGGAGCUCGUGCUGAGCCCGGAUUUGAUUCAAAAGUGGCAAGUUAUAACGUCGCAUACCGGCCACCAGCUUAAGGUUGAGAGAAAGCCUUUGGUCGGUGUAGGACUGGAAUGGCCCUACCAACUAUCGUGCCUCCAUGUGGCUGUGGUCCCCUGGCUUCUUCUCAAGAAGGACAUUCUAAGCGGAUUGUCCAGAUUUCAGCUCAUCAGCGAGUUGCACUCACGCUUUCGGGAUAGGGAGUUGUGUUGA